GGUGGAGGAGGAGGAGGUGGAGGAAGAGGACAGCCUAUCGGGGAGCGGCGCGUGGGGCUCGAUGUCGGCGAGAUGCUAGUGACCUUGGACGACUCCUCGAGGACCAGCAGCUUCGGGAUCUCAGCGAGCGAGGACGGCCGGCCGGCGCCGAUCGCCGAGACGGUGUGAUCGACGGAAAUCCACAGUUCCGCGGUCGAUCCAGGACGAUGACGGGUGACUCACGCGGCACCACCGAGGCUCAGGACUCGCCGGAAACCAGGAUCGUCCGGAGCUCGAACGGGAGCGCUUCCGCGGAAGCCGGCCGCAAUAAAACCUAGUCGUAGCUGGAAGAGCAAGAGGAAAAAAGAGAGUGUGUGUGCGCGAGAGAAAGAGAGUAAGGGAGAGAGAGAGAGCGCGCGCGCGCGAGAAAGAGAGAGAGAGAGAGUGAAAGAGUGAAAGAAAGGGAUUUGAUGAUCGCGAGCAUCGGGCCAAGCGAUGAAGCGGGCGACGAACGCAUCCGCCGCAGCUGCGACCGCCGGUUCGCAGGUGCAGCAGCCUGCGGUCAGCUUACAAGGCAGGAUACACGAUCUGUUUAAUCCGAUAACGGCGGCGGGUGGCAGCGCGGACAGGGACGAACACGAGAAGAUCGCCGAGACGAAAUCCAGGUCGGACGGGAGCAAGCUCGGGUCGCCGAAGGGGAACCCAAACGAUGACACAAAGGCCAAGUCGACGGCCAUGUCGAGGCUGUUAGCCGUCGACGCGGACAAUUAUAUGCUCCGGAAAGGCGUCGGGACGACGACCGCUUCCACCGUGACGACCGUGGCGACCGUGGCGAGCGUGGUGUCCGCGAUACCCACCGUGGUCGCGUCCUCGAUGACGUCGACGUGCCAGACCGGCGGCGGCGGCGGCGUGGCCAUCGCCUCGGCCCAGCUGAGGCCGGCCCGCGAGCCGAGGUCCGCGCCGCCGUUGCAGCCGCAGACGUUGCAGCGCGCCUUCCUGGCCAACGUCGUCAACACCAACAACGCGUACAAUGAUUUCCAAACGACCCUAGCGACGAACCUCGCGAAAGCGACGCCCAUCGUUUACGCGAACGAGAUGCACCAGUCCUCGGACCCGAUCAGGUCCAGGGGCAACCUCUCGCUGCCCACGAUCAGACGCUACAUGCCGGCCAACAGCCAGCAAACCCACCCUCUCGGUAGCAGCAACGCCUCCGUCAUCGCCACGUAUUCCUCCUCGUUCCCCUCCACCACGAACGCUUUCAUGAACGGCAACGCGACCGUCAAGCAUCGCUUCAACAACCGGCACCAAUUGUUAACGUUGCCGAGCCUGGCGACGCAGAGCGUCAACUUCGCCAGGGAGGGUCUGCUCUCGCCCUCGGACAAAGCUCGCGUCGAAAGGUGCCACGAAUCCACGGACAAUAAGUUCAGUUCGGACGAUCAGCUCGUCGGUAAGAACAUCGACGAGCUGAUCAGGGACCACGAGCGUCUCUGGAGGGGCCUGUUCCCCUGCGCCAGGCCCGUGUCCUUCCACCGGUACAUGUGCUUCUGCAAGGACGCUGCGCAACUGCAGUUGCAGCGCCGGCCGCCGGUCGGCGUUUAUCCGGCCAACGGCGGCGGCGGCCCCGCUUUGUCCUCUUUCUACGGAAACCAUCGCGACAGAGCGCCCGAGGCGAAUGUCGUCGAUUCGUUCGCUAUCGGUCACGAGGGCUUGGGCGUCAAUUGCGGGCAUCGCGCUCUUGUCAAGGACGUCAAGCCGGCCGCCCUCGACAGAAUCUACGCGGAAUUCGCGCGCGUCAAUUCCGGAUGCUGCUGCAUGUGCGGUUCUCUAUGUCCCACAGAGUGCCAUGCGUGCUUCCACGUGGUUUGCUCGGAGUACAACGGGCAACACCUCUGCCAAUGGACUAGCAAGGGUCACGCGCUACCGGGCCAGGUUCUCGACAAGGACAAGCCCGUGAGCGAGUGGACGUCGCAGAACGUCGUCGAAUGGAUGGCUGCCCUGAAUCUGUACCGCUAUGCGGACGUUUUCACGUCGAAGGACAUCAAGGGCAGCGAUCUGCCGCAUCUGGACCGGGAGAAGCUCUUGAACAUGGGCAUCAAGGAUGAGUUUCAUCAGAGGAACAUCCUGGCCUGCAUCGAGGAACUUCUUCAGCCGUCUUUACCGGAGGGGGCGAGUACAACAGCGAUGCCGGCAACGUCCAUCGUGUCCACGAGCAGCGAUUCCAUGGGUGGCGAGGCCGCGACCACCGGCAACUCGCACCCGCACACCCUCAUGCCGCAGAGCUUCAGCGUGCUGGAGAAGUGCGAUAAGUGCCAUAAAUAUCUCAGAGGUCUGCUGCAUCAAGGUUUCCUCUGUCUGGAUUGCGGUCUGGUGGCGCACAGGACGUGUUCAGCGACGGGCUUGCCAGUGAACUGCGUGCCAGUCGACGCGGAAAAUCCAAUCCCUAGAUUUACUCCAGUAUUCGGGCUCGGGCUGUGCGCGCAAUUCGACAUCGCUGCACGCGCCGCACCGGUCCUCGUCGAGCGAUGCACCCGCGGCAUCGAGGAGAAGGCGUUCGCCGACGGCACCCUGGACCUGUACAAAGUCUACCACAGCAGCCCUCCCAACGAGCAGACGCUGGAACUGCGACAGAAAUUGAACGAAGAUGUGUGCAACGCCGACUUGAAUUCCUACACCCCUCAGUGCAUCGCAAGCGUCCUCAAGAAGUUUCUGCGCGAGCUGCCGGAUCCUGUGAUUCCCGUACUGUUUUACGAUAGGUUUAUAGAAGCGUCGAAUAUAAGGAAUGACGAGCAGUGUGCGGCCCGUUUGACGCAGCUGGUUGACGAGCUUCCACAUCACCACCGUAGCACCCUCUUCCAUUUGAUGGCUCACUUCUGUCGGAUUUGCCAAUUACAGCACGGAAGAGGUUACACGGAACCGCCUACGAUCCUGACGCAGGUUCUGUGCCACAUUUUCCUCAGGCCGCCAUGGGAACGGAUCGUUCAAAUAGUUCAUAAUAUCGAAGCUCAUAUACGGAUAAUGGAGAUACUGCUGUUGCACGGCGACUGGAACGAAAAAUUGCCGCAGUUUGCCAGCCCGCCGCAGUUACCUCCUAGGAAAGUUUCUAGACCGCAGUUUGCGGUUUUGGAUCCGAUCGGUACGCUGGAAGACGAUAGCACGAUGGAUCGAUCGGGUUUGGAGAACAAGGACCCGCAGCAACAGCACAGGCCACGCACGCUGCAAGAGGCUGAAUGGUACUGGGGGGACAUCACGAGAGACGAGGUGAACGAGAAGAUGAUCGACUCCCCCGAUGGUACCUUCCUGGUCCGCGACGCCUCCUCGAAGGGCGGAGAGUACACCCUGACAUUGCGCAAAGGCGGGACCAACAAGCUUAUCAAAAUCUGUCAACGCAACGGCAAAUACGGCUUCUCGGAGCCGUUUAACUUCCAUUCCGUGAUCGAGCUGGUGGAUCAUUAUAGGAAUUGCUCCCUGGCGCAGUAUAAUUCCACGCUGGACAUUAAAUUGCUGUACCCUAUCUCUCGGUUUCAACAGGAUGACGAGAUCGCGAGUACCACUGACACGAUAAACGUCAUCCAAAAAUUCGUCGAGCUGGAUAAGGAGACGUCUCACGCGUUAACGGAGUACAAAGAGUAUUCGGAACAGUACAAUAGGACGACCUUCGAGGUGCAGCUGAAGCGGCAGGCGCUGGAAGCUUUUACGGAGGCCAUCAAAAUGUUCGAGGACCAGAUGAAGUUACAGGAGAAAUUCCAAAAGGAAGCUCAACCACACGAAAUAUCAACCUUAACCGACAACGCAGAAUUGUUGAAACAAAGACUGAAAUGCUUAGAAGAUAGCAAAGAACAGUUGGACCGUAGCUUGAAGGAGCAAAUCGCUUACAAUAGAACCCUAGAGAGGGAGAUGCAGAAGUUGAAACCGGAAAUCCUCCAGCUCGUGCGGCAAAGGGAGAAGCAUGAUGUAUGGCUGAAGAAGAACGGCAUAAAGCAAAACAAAAUAAACCAGCUUGUGUCGAACCAUUCGGUCUCGGAUUCGAUGUUAGGCGACGCGGGUUACGGGGAUCUCCAAGAGGUUGACCUUGAAGUCCAUUCCGACGAGAAAACGUGGCUUUCUCUCGAGUGUUCCCGUAGCGAUGCGGACCGUUUGCUUGCCGACCGACCCGAUGGCACCUUCCUCGUUCGAACAUCAAGGACCGGACAGUACGCAUUAUCUAUCAUGUGCAAUGGCACUGUUAACCAUUGCAUUAUAUACGGCACGGAGCGCGGUUUCGGUUUCGCGGAGCCGUACAAUAUCCACAAGAGUUUGAAACACUUGGUGCUACACUACGCUCAGAACUCGCUGGAGGAACACAACGAGAGCCUCAACACGACCCUUGCGUAUCCGGCAUUUGCCUCGAAAGCGGCGUUGGCGCAGUUGCAGUCCUAGCAAAUGCAGCUGCAGAUGCAGAUGCAGAUCCACACGCAGAGCCAGCUGCAGCAGUUCUCGCAUCCCCUCGAGAACCAACAUUACAUGCCGCACACGUAAGGCCGUCGCCCGUUUCUCGGCCACCGGUGAUCAUAUUAUCCGACCGCGAUGUCGGCGCGUACACACGAGCGGGUCUUCGCGGGUACGAAAAAAUCCGCGCGCAUCGGAUCCGCUCCUCUCCGAGAGCGACGGUGAGAGAUUCCCCGAGAGGUGUUUAGAUCGUUACCGCAUAAUAUUUUCGCACGCGGCAUGUCGACGAUUUGAUCGUUCUGCUUUUAUAAGAGAGAAAGAGAGAGAGAUAGAGAGAAUGAGAAAGAGAGAGAGAGAGAGUGAAUAUUCCUCGGGAAUUAUGCAUAGUGAUAGAAUAAUUGCGAGCGCGCGUGGCGCGAUUAGGGUUUUUCAAUUAGUCUCUCAGGGUCUGCAGGCCUUCUGAGAGGGUCUUGUCGACGGUCAACUCGGAACACAACUCCGAUACGUGCGCGUGUGAGGCGACACGUACGAAUGAGUGAGAGAUACGAAGAGGAAGCACGGUUUUUCUCGCGCCGGUUUGCUCUCCGCGGAGAGAAGGAGAGCCGUUCGAGUGCCGGCAAUUUCCGGGCUUAGUUCUCAACAUUUGAUCGAAUACGUCGGAACAGCAGAGGCAUGUAUCUAGUCUUACAGACACAGAGUUCGAUGGAGGGAGACGCAAGCGGCAGAGGAGGGACGAAUCACGAGUCUGACUCCGCUCAAAAAAAAAAAAGAAAAGAAAAAAGACAAGAAAGAAAUUACUCCGAGAUUGGCGAUCGGAGUAGUUGGUGGGAACUCAAGGAUCCUAGAGGAACAGGACAGAAGCGGAGAAACUGUGGAACACAUGUGGGGAAAGGAGUUUUUUCCUCGACGACGGUUCGCGCGAUUUUCUAGACACCUUCGCAUUUUAUACGCGCGCGGGCGCACACCGUUUCACGUUGCGACCGUGGUCGACGUCGUGUAAGAUCUUCAAACAGUGAUAUUAGAGUAUAAUUAGCAACGUCGCAAGGUGCACGAGCCCGCCGGAUGUACGCGGAACGUUUUUUCUAGCGAUUUACAAUGAUUCUCGUAGCGUAAAGCCGUCGAUCCGCGGGACGCGACGAGGCCGCGGUUUUUGGCCUCUUGUCUCCUGUUCCUCGAGCGAUCGGCCGGCCUCGAACGUGGCCGCGCACCUGUCCUCUUCCAUCUCGACGGGAACUCGUCACAACGAAAACAAAAGCCGCGGAGGUGCGCGCGGUGUGGCCGACUUUUUAUACGUUAGAUUCCGAAGUGCUGUGCCAGAGGGCUGUACGCGUGUCGCACGCGGAGAGAUUAUUUCUCGAGAAGCAAAUGUAUUUGUCUGUGAUUUCGGAUUGCCUAUGAGGAGGAUAAUAUCGUGUCUAUUCGUUUUCCAAUCGCUUUUUUAAAUGAUAUUUGUGCUUUCGUAGGGAGAAGCAGAAAGAGAGAGAGAGAGCGAGAGAGAGAGAGAGAGAAAGAGAGAGAAGAGAAACGAGUUUCGUUAGCGUUCACGGCGCGAACGCGCCAACAGUCGUUCGUAAUUUUAUUGUUCGUGUAUUUCGUACGUUCGAAUCGAUCGGUAGUUCUCUUUUAUACGUCGGAAUCUUAGUUGCGCGCCGCGGCCCCGCCCCUUCCGAUCGUGCCAGAGCCCUCGAGAUUCCAUUAGAUGAUAGUCGCUUUAUCAAUUUCGGCUACCCGAGUGUUUCGGGCGUGCCAGAGUGUCUCGCAGGCGAGAGUCCGCCUCCCGAGCGCGUGCUAAUAAUGCCCGAUUAGGUCAGCGAGUUGUUUGCGCCUCCACUGUAACGUUCGCGGUGUACGUCAGCCUUUAAGUUCGCAGAGGCCAUCCGACGUACCGCGAAUUCCGGCAACGCGCGCGUUUUGGGCGGCGGUGACGUCGAACGAUCGUACUGUAUUUAUUAUUAUUCGCGUCACCCGCGACACACUUUGGCACGUUGCUGCACCGAUCCUCGAAGAUCGAACGUCCGUAGGAGGUUGGAUCUUGCUCGCUCGAAAGAUCGGAACUCGUACUGCUCUCGAAUGAUCUCAAAGGCGGCGGCGAUCGCUGGCCACGAUCAAAACCGAGAUCAACUUCCUCGCGCGCGAUGUCCGACGGGUUUUCCGAAGCGUUGAAGCACGAUGAUCGCGGACGGCGAACUGCUCGGGAAAUUUUGUGUAUUACAAAGCGGUAGUAAUCGCAAAAGUGUACCGUGUAUAAGUCGUUCCCGCGAUUGGUAGCGUCGAUGGGGGUACGUGAACGGAACAGGAAGUUGUCUCGGGUUGUGCUCGUGGACUCGCGAUCCGCGCCCCCGUAGUCAGGAAAAUACGGAUGCAAUACGAUUGGACGAGCGAGAGACGGUCUCUCGGGAUUGGAAGGGGCGAGCGUCGCAACGCCGAGCAUUCUCUUUAUUACGAUUAUUCUAUUACGAUUGUUCUAUCGUUAAAAGUACUAGAUUUUCUUCGCGCGGAUGUAUAGGAUGACAGAGAGAAACGACGAGAAUUGACGCGCGCGUUAUGGGUGCGGGUGAAGGAGGAGACUCGGUAACGGAAAGGAAAGGCUCGUUGCUCAUCCUAAAGGCUUCGAAUUACCGUAGGUUUAGGUAGCUUAGUUUUUUUAUAUACGAAAGAGAUAUUAAGUGCCCUGGCGCCGAUAGGCUUCUAGAUUUUCGCGUUCGCCCGAUCGCGUGCCGGUGCAGUAUUCGAUCGUACUUUUUGUUUUUUUUUCAAAAUGCCGUCGGAGCGCGCGUGUCCGCGAACUUUUACACGCCCGGCCGAACGAGCGACUUUUUAUCCGAACGGACCUCGAUUCGAACGUCGCUUUCGGCCGCACGAACACGCGCGGGAGUUACGAAAGAAACGACGGAGCCACGUUGGAAUCGAUGUCAGAAUUAUUAGAACUGUAGAACAGGCGGGGCAGAGAGCGCUCUUCACCCUGUGAGUGCUCUAACGUCGGGGAGGGCAAACGUCGGCGGCGAAGGAAACUCUCGAUUUUGCAAGAGGAGGCUAUUUGUAGGCGUGGCUUCGUUGCUCCAGAUUCCGACGAAGCCCCAAGGGGCAAUCUUAUCGAAUGCCUGGCCUAGAUUCUACGUCCCCUAAAAAUAUAACUCCAAGUACCAUUUUUUUUAUUUUACCCUCUCCGCUAGAACACUCGGAUUCUAGUCUCCCAUAAUAACCCACAAGCUGCUAAUCUAGACCAGGCCUCGCUAGAGCUCUUUACCCUGGGAGCGCUCCGGACUGCCCCGGGGGGCGUCGUCCCGUUUCAAAUUCUACGAUAGUGCCCGACAGAAUCGAGGGUUUCCCGUUUCUUCUACGAAAAUUCUCUUCGUCCCCGAUUUCUGCGAACCCCGACAAAGCGCCGCUUGCUCUAACGUCACGGGAUUCUCAAAAUUCGAAGCGGACGCGGGCGAUCCGACGACGAUGGCGCAAUUUUCGCGCGUUACCAAGCUCCAGCGAAACGGGCUCUGCGCGGUAGCCCCGUUUCGAAAAUCGGAGCACGAGAUUUCCGCGCGCAAAAGACACAUACACACACACAUACACAUUAGAGAGAGAGAGAGAGCGAGAGAGAGAGAGAGAGAGAGACGAGUCGAGUGCAAGAUACUCGACGAGCCGGACGACAUUUUAUCUAAUCGAAAUAAAGACAGUGAACACAUCAGCACACUUUUGUGGACCCUUGUUUCUUCGGGCUCGACUUUACAUUCUUCCACGGGCGGCCAUCUUUCUUUCUUUCUUCGGGCGUCGCCCACGAGCCUCGACGCUCGGCCUUGUCGUCGGAACGACGCCGCGCGUCGGACACGCCUACACGAACACCCACACACGGAAGACAAAGAAGAGUUUUCACACGCAGGUGCACAAGCGCAAUAUGAAAUAAAAUGAUACGAAACACGUUUGCAAUGGGAAUGCGCGAAAUGGAAAGAGAAAGAGAUAGGAGGAAGAAUGAGCGAAUGAAGGAGUACCAGCAAGAAAAACAAAGAAAAGGAAGGAAGGGGAAAAAUAUAUAUACAUAUAUAUAUA